AUUGCAGUUUUUUUUUUCCUUACUCCCCCAUGCUGCAUUUACUUGUUUCGAGUUAGUUAGUUGAAUAUUUCUCUUUGCUUAUCGAACAAAAGGUUAAAAUAUUUUCGAUAAUGAGCGAGACAGAAGCAGUGGCUGAAAGGCUCUAUGAAGCCUGCUUGAGUGGAAGUGUCGAAACGUUAAAAGCAUUGAUUGAGAAAGAUCCACUCAUUCUCGACCGAGCUAGCCCGACUGAGUGCUUCUCCAAUGACACCCCCUUGCACGUAACGGCAUUGCGCGGUCAUUUGGAGUUCACGAAUGCCCUUCUGAGUUGGAAACCAACACUUGCCGCCGAGUUAGACUCGCGACGGUGUACACCCCUCCACUUGGCUUCCACCGAGGGCCACUUCAAGAUUGUACACGAGUUGUUACGGGUGAACCCCGGCGUCUGCAUGGCUCGUGAUCAAGAUGGUAGAACCCCUCUCCACUUGGCGGUCAUGAAAGGGCGAGCAGAGGUUAUACAGGAACUACUUGAGGCCCAACCAUAUUCAGUUUAUGACAAACAACUAGGUACAGGGGAGAGUGUUCUGCACUUGUCAAUCAAUUACAACAGGCUAGAAGCUUUAAAGACACUAGUGCAAUAUCUGCAAAGCAAGAACAUGGAAUUUGAUCUCCUCAACUCCAAAGACAAUGAUGGCAAUACCAUCUUGCAUCAUGCUGUAGCCCUCAAACAAGUGGAUACCAUAGAAUAUUUGUUGGGAAUAAAGAAUGUCAAAGACCGCAUCAAUGACAAGAACCAUAACGGUUGUACAGCUCUGGAUAUUGUGGAGCGCUGUCCUUAUAGCAGAGAUCUUAAAACCAAGGAAAUUCGGGAUCUGUUGCAAGGUGGUGUUCAUAAAUCCGGUUCUGAAUCUCCUUGUACUCAACAUUGCGGUAAAGCUGGAGUAAUAUUUAUGAAAUGCAUUUCUUGGUUUUGGGAAAGGUUCGAGGUCGACCCUGGCUGGCUCAAAGAGGCACGCGGCCAUUUAAUAACGGCAGCCACCCUAACGGCAACGAUGGCUUAUCAAUCUAUUAUGAGUCCGCCUGGUGGUUUUUGGCAAGAUACAACAGACGACUCGCUCGCCAAGUCUCCUUCCUCGGAAUAUUCAGAUCCUCCUUCGGAUGGGCCGCACAAAGCGGGAAUAGCCAUUUUGGACACUACGACAUAUGGCGCUUAUGAAAUUUACUUGUCCCUUAACACCAUAGUGUUAGGAGCAUCGUUGAGCACUAUUAUGCUGGCCAUGACUGGAUUCCCAAUGAAAAACAAGUUCUUGACAUGGUUGUUGGUAUUCACUGUGUAUGUCAAAAUUUCAUGCAUGGUUGCAGCUUAUGUGGUAGCAGUUGGUUUAGUAACCUCAAGACAACUUCCAUCGGCCGUACUUUAUGGACUGGUGCUUGGUUGGAUGGGUCUAUGUGCAUUUGUUGUGGUGCUUCACUCAUGCCACUUCUUGGUAUGGCUGAUGAAGAAGUUGGUAAAACUCGUUACAGCAUGUUAUGGAUGUUGCAAAUCAACUCCAAGAGCUACCCCAAAAAUAGAAUUAGCGAGGAUAAAUGCGAGGGAAGCUUCUGCUAGCUUGUCUUUGUUGUACUUUGGGAUUCUAUUCGAAGCCGACGGAUUUGUGCUUGUGGGCCUGGAUGAUUGCUGCAAAUUGGCUAGCGGAUUUGGCGUGGUCGCCAAUCUUAAAUAAAGAGUACUGUAACAUACGCUUGUGUGAGACCCUUAUUGUGUGACUCUGUGCAGUUUUUUUGUGAAAUUCAUACGUGUGCACUAGCCCAUGGUGUGAAGUAGCAUGAAAGAAGCUAAAUCCUUCUUCUUUGCGUAUUUGUCUAUAUGGUUUUGGGUGCCAUAUAUGUAUUUGUUGUAUAGUUGUGAGGUUGUGGAUGCCAUAUAUUUGUUGUAUGGUUGUGAAUGAGUAUUCGGUUUGUUGCAUGUUAUUGCAAAUGGUCAAUGUGUUUUAGUUCU